GGUUUACGCCUGCGCUGGAUUCGAACCUGCGACCACAAAGUGAGAGGUGAGCGCGCGCCGUCGCGGGGCUGCGCGUGAUUCGAUAUAAGCGCGCGGGGCGGCCGCGCGGCCACAGUGCCGCUCCCGCUGUCUCCAAACGACGUCGCUCGCCAUGGGGAGAAAGGUACUUCUGGCGGUAGUGUGUUGGCUGACACUAUGCGAGGCGCUGGGGGAGGCAGAGAAGACAGUGAAUAGUUCAGUAGUCAAAGAUAAUGAAAGUGCGGAAAGUGCUCCGGGACCGAAACUGUACCAGAACAUUCAGUUAGGGCCCACGAGGGUGUACGCGAGUGGUGCGCCGUACGCCGCGUACUCGUACCAGGUGCCGACCGUGCUCGCCGCGCCACUCGCCGCUGGCUCACAGCUGGCGCCCGUCAGCGCAGGACUGCUGAGGAACCUCAAGGAUUCCUACGGGAAGUUGGCCGAGGGCCCGCAGACGACGCCAUACAGAACCGCUUUCCCGCAACAAUACGUGCAAUUACAAGACCUUCCGCCACAUCUUGCGCAGCCGCUGGUAUCCGCGGCGGCGCCCAGUUUCCAGUUCAAGACAGCUCCAAACUACUUCUUCGGACCUCAUAGUUACAAAGUCCCGUCUCUGCAGCUCUCAGCGGCGCCGACGUCCGUGACCCGUUUCAGUGGCCACGGACAGCCCCUGGUGUACGCAGAGAACAUUAAGAGCUUUGCUCCUUCUUCUAACUUGCACUCAUCGCUGCACAAGUUUUAUACGACGCCGCAACAUUCGAAUGGAAAUAACGCUCACUAUUCGAAUGCACCGACAUUCCAGCGACUGCAAGAGAAGCCGGCGACUCGAGCUGUAACUUCUUUUUCUGGAAGCGGUAAAGACUCGAAGCAGCAGGCGGCCGCAAGUCACGAUGCGAAAGGACAAAUACAAGCAGCUCCCGCACAAACUAGUAUCACAACUGUAGUUAAUGGAAAACAAACCGUGGUUAAUAUUGAAACUGAUCCUCCUGUACCACUCUUGGACUUAAAUCUUCUCGAGCCGUUGACAUUUGAUAAUCCACUCGUUCCUCAGUUGCAACAUUUCUUACCUAAAGUUAAUUCAGCAACUUAUCACAAACUGCCGACAUUUAACGCUAAUGAAGGUAAGAAUAAACCGAGGGAAUUCGUAGUGACCAAAACUAAGUCAUACGAUAGUAGUUACGUUAAAAAUAAACCCCAGAAUGAUGCGCCUAAAAAGAAACAACACAAGCCACAAAGCAAACCAGUUAAACCGACUAUUGUUGUGAACGGAAACCCGAACGGAGAAGAGUUCUCUUAUGAAAUCGACACACCGAACCACAAGGAAACGUACAACGAACAAGUGAUAAAAUAUAAUAAAGAAACAAACAUGAAACCCGUAGAGUAUAGUUACAACGAGAAAACUCAUAAAGAGCCAGAAGUUUAUACAUAUGUACACAGUUCUAAAGAACCGUUGAAGGUGACGCAUGUAGAGUACAACAGCGACGACGACAAACCAAAACACCUCGUUUAUACCGUGUCUCCAGAGGAACAGGACGAGGAGCAGAGAGAAGAGGUCCGUCGACCUCCGGCUCAGGAGUCAGAGGACUCUGGUGAGUCAUCUGCCGAAUCAGAUGAUGAGGGUCCAGCUCCCUUAAUCCAUCACGAAGGAUCGCCACGUCAUUCGCACUCAGGAGAACAUCACGAUUCCCCUAAGCAUAAGGAGCAUAAGGAACACAAAGGCUACAGUGACGCGCCGAGGCACUCGGUCCAACAUUCAUCUUACGGUGGUAGUACAUCUCCAAAGUCAUACCAUCAUUCGGAACACCACAGCGAAGCGCCAAGACAUUCCUCGACUCCUCAUUAUGAGGGCAAUAGUCAUAGCCAUACAGAAGGACCUAGUCGCCCUGUACAACACAGUUACAACCAUCACGAGAGUUCUACGGGUCAUCCUCAGCAACAUAGCUACGAUCAUCAUAAAAGUCCGCAGAGCUAUCCCCAACAACACCACUACAACCAACACGAAAGUGCGCAGGGCCAUCCUCAACAUCACGAAGGACCGCAGACGCCCCAUCACAUGAGCUACCAUGUCCACCACGAUUCACCCAGACAUGAAGAACGACACCAUCACGGGCAUCAAGGACAACAUUACGAACAGCCAAGACAAUCACAUUACUUGAAGGCCGAACAUCGCGGACAGGAAUACAAGCAGAGACCGAAUCAAGAAAUUCGUCUUGAAGUGAUACACACUACCCCGCAAGCGAUACGUGAUAGCCCACAGUAUUCCCAGCCGCUUACAAUCAGUUCAUUCCAACCUAUCACUCCCGAAUAUGAAGAAGACAUACGUAUACUACCGACUCAUAAGCCACACGCAGACAUAAAGGUAGAUCCUAAUCAGCAUACAAAACUCGGGCCAGCUGUGCCUCAACAGCAUUCUUUUAAUAGUCACCCGUCUCCGGCACCGCAGAAAGCACCACAACAACCACCCCAAGAAGAGCAUCCCGCUACACUACAUCCGCAUCCCUACAAUCCUCAGCAACAUGUUUUUGAGAAAUCAAAACGUGUAAUUAUAAAAGAAAAUGAAGAAACACCCGAGGAAAUGCACAUGCGCAUGGAACAAGUAGUGGCCGAGAUGGUUGACCGUGAAGAAAAUAAUGAAGAAGACUUCGAGAAGGCUUACAAGGAAUCUGCUUUUGGAUUCCCCGCCUAUGAGCAGGGUGAAGAAGCCGAGAAAGAUAUAUACGACCCGGAGUCAUACGGCGCACCUCAAUACCAUAAAGAAUACAAAAUCGAAAGUUCCCCCUUCCAGCAGUAUCAACGAGAAGGCGAUGAAUUUCCGAAAUUCGCUCGAUUGACUUACAAAGACGCUAGAGACGAUAAACAAGAAGAUUAUUUCUUAGAUUAUUCAGUACAUAAACCGGAAAGUGUCGCGGAUUUACAUAAAAGUAAACUGAAUUACUAUAAAAUGUUCAAGAAAAAUAAACCUGACGAUAGAUGGCUGUACCCAGAAGGUGGCGGAAAAAGGAAAGAAAAAACGAGUGAAAAAAUAAUCUUGGCACCUUCUUUUGAUUUCUUUACCACAGCGUCAAAGCCUAAGGCGAAGCAGAGCAGGCUUUUUGCGCAAUAUAAAGCUGCGCCCAUCAAAUAUGAAUAUGACUACUCUAAAGGUGCACCGCGAGAUAGCACCGCUUUCGCGUCGCGACCGCAUCAUAAGUACAGCAAAACGCAUUUUGUGGAGCCACAAUUCCAGUACGGAUUCGAGCCGCUGUCGGCGCCGAUAGUGAUCGACAGCGAGCUGGCCGCGAUGGCGAGCAACGACAGUCCUGAAAGUGAAAAGCCGGGCACGAGGAAAAAGGUGUACAAAGAGAACUGGUACAUAAAGAAAACGAGCACGACUGGCAACAAACCUAGUUGA